GGUAAUCUUUGAUAUACCUACGUAACUACCUGUCAUUUUCACCACCGCUCCUCACUCCUCUCGCUCCUCUUGGACAUACGAGGGAGGGAGAAACGAGAACCGCCCAAAUAUGCGUGCGCACCCGCUACCUCUCGCCUCGUAAUCGUAACCCGGCUCGAGAAGCAGACUGCCGUAGAGUACCUACCUAUCUCCUCCCUUCUACCCGUAUCCCCCGGGCAUGUCGUGGGACACCCGUCCGCAAAUACAAAUAUGUCUCUGUACCACGAGACGGCCGGUGUCCUGUCAGCGACGUCUUCGAAUCCUGCUGCCGGCGGUAGCUUGAAGACCCGCGUCUUCGCCAACAAGGGCCUGAAAUCCCCUCCGCAGCAGGUCUAUGCUCUGGCCCUCGAGACCUGUAAAUGGAGCGCCGUGCUCAAGGAGGUCAUCGAUGGCUCGGAGCUCCUGCGACAGGAGCGCAAGCUCAGCCCCGUGCUCGCCCUCCUGCUAGUUCAUGACUUCCUGCUCGCUAAGAGAGGCAUCGCCCUGCCCGCUACCCACGGUCUGAGGACCACCAUCGAGCGCCACAAGGCCCGCCUAAAUGCCGAAUUCACCAAGGCCCGGCUGCGUAGGCGGGCGGCUUCGGUCGAAGCCUUGCGCCAGCAGAUAGCCGCCGAGUUUCUAGCCGAGACGACCGGCUAUCCGCGAUGGGUGCGCGUGAACACGUUGAAGACCACCAUCGAAGAGCAGCUGGCCACCACCUUCGCCGACUUCACUCGGGCCCUUAGCGUCCAAGAGGUCAUAUCCAUCCCCGGCAAGUGCCUCUACGUCGACGACCACAUCCCCAACCUGCUCGCGGUGUCGCCGAGCUUCGAGAUCACCAAGACCGAGGCCUACGUCUCGGGCGCCGUCAUCCUGCAGGACAAGGCCUCGUGCUUCCCGGCCUACCUGCUGGACCCGCGGGCCGAGGACGGCGACAUCGUCGACUCGUGCGCCGCGCCCGGCAACAAGACGACGCACCUCGCCGCGCUCGUGCACUCGCGCGUCCCGGAGGGCGAGACCUGCGCCCAGACCGUCUUCGCGUUCGAGAAGGACCGGGGCCGCGCCCGGACCCUCGACAAGAUGGUCCAGCUCGCCGGCGCCAAGGGCACCGUGCGGAUCAGCUUCGGCCAGGACUUCCUGCGCGUCGACCCGCACGCCGACAUGUUCCGCCGCGUCGGCUGUCUGCUGCUCGACCCGAGCUGCUCCGGCAGCGGCAUCGUCGGCCGCGACGACGUGCCGCCGCUGCACCUCCCGGACGCGCCCGGCGCGCCCGGGCCCGCGCCCGCGCCGCGCCCCCACGACGCCGCCGGCCGCAAGCGCAAGCGCGACUACGACGCCGACUCCGGCCCCGACGCCGGCCCCGUCCUCGUCGACGACGACGGCCGCGAGACCCCCGUGGCGUCCGCGGCGGAGCUCCGCGCGCGCCUCGCGGCCCUGUCCGCCUUCCAGCUCGCGCUGCUGGAGCACGCGUUCCGGUUCCCGGCGGCGCGGCGCGUCACCUACUCGACGUGCUCGGUGCACGCGGCGGAGAACGAGGGCGUGGUGCGGCGCGCGCUGCGGUCGGACGUGGCGCGGGCGCGCGGGUGGCGGGUGCUCGCGCGGGCGCGGCAGCCGCGCGGGCUGCGCGAGUGGCCGGUGCGGGGCGUCGUCGAGGACGCGAAAACGGACGGGGACGAGGGCGAGGACGACGCCGUCGAGGUCGCCGACGCGUGCGUCCGGUCCUACAAGGACGACGGCCGCGGCGUCAUGGGCUUCUUCGUGUGCGGGUUCGUGCGCGACGGCGGCGAGGCGGCGGCGGCGGCAGCAGGGGGCGACGGGCCGUACCUGCGCGAUAGCGACGGGCGCAUUGUUAGGGACUAUGCGGGCAUGCCGACGCUGAAGCCGGGGCUCGCGAAGAGGGCUGCCGUGGAGGAAGAAGACGAAGAAGAAGAAGAUGACGACGAUGACGAAGAGGAGGGGGAGGACGACGAUACGGGGUCCGGCGAGGAUGCGAGCAGCGACAGCGAGCCGAGCGACGAGGAGGAGGGCGACGGCGACGACGAGUGGAAUGGGUUCGGCGAUUGAGUCGUGUCUAAGAAGAGCGCUGCCCCGUUGGCCUAGACGGCGUCGUGUGCUGCCCGGUCUGGCAUACGCACGUGAUACCGCGUCAUGUAUAACGCGGCGAGACCAGGAGCUUUAGAUAUAUACCACGGGCGUGCCCCUGCUUACGAGACAUCGACCUGUCUACGUGGCCUUUACUACACUUCCCCUUCGUACGGUUGACUUUUUCCAUUUUUCUCGUGUCUACAUGCAAUCCGUCGUAGUAGUGGUAGUGUAGGAGUAGGAGCAGUACGCGCACAAGCCGAUUCUGCAUACAAAUCAUCACCGCCGAUCAAGCGAUCAACCACUCCUCUCCAUAUGCAGCCUUUGGAUGCUCCUCUCCUCUUACCUGCCUAGACUCGUUUGCUCACUCGCAUCGCAUU